UUCACCAUUCUCUCUCUCUCUCUUUAAACUACAAGAAGAAGAAGAAGAAGAUCAUAGUGAUGCACCUUGAAUUGCUAUGUUUCCACCACUUGUGUAUGUGAUAGUGAUAUUGAUCAUAGCCUUACUAAACUGGCUCUACAGCUGGAGAAAUCCAAGGUGCAAUGGAGUUCUCCCACCUGGCUCCAUGGGCUGGCCUCUUCUUGGUGAAUCCUUCAGCUUCUUCUCCCGAAACACUAGCUUUGGCAUUCCUCCUUUUGUCAAGGACAGGAUGCAAAGAUAUGGACCUGUGUUCAAGACUAGCUUGGUGGGAAGGCCGGUGAUAGUCUCGACGGAUGCAGAUCUCAACUACCUGGUUUUCCAGCAAGAGGGGCAGCUGUUCCAGAGCUGGUAUCCAGACACAUUCACUGAGAUAUUUGGGAGGCAGAAUGUGGGCUCAUUGCAUGGAUUCAUGUACAAGUACCUCAAGAACAUGGUGCUCAAGCUCUUCGGCCCGGAGAGCUUGAAGAAGAUGCUUGUUGAUGUCGAGCAGGCCGCCAACGCGAGCUUGAAGAGGUGGUCUAUGGAGGGUGUUGUUGAUGUCAAGGAAGCAACUGCAAAGAUGAUCUUUGACCUCACAGCAAAGAAGCUGAUCAGCUAUGAUUCCGAAUCGUCUUCUGAGAAUCUGAGGGAGAGCUUUGUAGCUUUCAUACAAGGCUUGAUCUCAUUUCCACUUGACAUUCCUGGCACGGCCUAUCACAAAUGCUUGAAGGGGAGGAGGCAGGCUAUGAGGUUGCUGAAGAACAUGCUGCAGGAGAGGCGGGAGAGGCCGAGGAAAGUGCAGGGAGAUUUCUUCGACUAUGUGUUGGAGGAGCUGCAGAGGGAGGACACCGUGCUGACAGAGGCCAUUGCGUUGGAUUUGAUGUUUGUGUUGCUUUUCGCUAGCUUUGAGACCACUUCUUUGGCUCUCACUCUUGCUACGAAGCUUCUCUCGGAUCAUCCUUUGGUUUUGAAGCAAAUGAGGGAGGAGCACGACGCGAUUAUUAAGCAGAAGGGGGAUGCAGAUUCUGGGCUGACAUGGAGUGACUACAAGUGUAUGAAACUCACAUUUCAGGUGAUCAAUGAAACAGUGAGGCUUGCAAAUAUUGUGCCUGGGAUUUUCAGGAAGAGUUUGAGAGAGACCAAAUUUAAAGGGUAUACUAUUCCAGCCGGGUGGGCCGUGAUGGUAUGCCCACCGGCUGUGCACUUGGACCCGAGCAAGUACAAGGACCCCCUCGAUUUCAAUCCAUGGCGGUGGGAGGCAAGUACACAUACACAACGCGUGCAGGGAGUUAAGAACUUCAUGGCGUUCGGAGGGGGCAUGAGGUUCUGUGUGGGAACGGACUUCACGAAGGUGCAAAUGGCCGUGUUUCUACAUUGCCUUGUCACGAAAUACAAAUGGGAUCCAAUCAAAGGAGGAAAUAUUCUACGAACUCCGGGAUUGCAGUUUCCAGAUGGAUUUCACAUUCAACUUUCUGAAAGAGAUUGAACAAAUGUGGAAUGGGUUAAUUUCAAUUUUG